AUAAUGCUUUCUAACACAUGAUGGAUAACUCGCACCUCCACAUACAUAGUUAACAUGGCCAUAGACAAAUCCCUGUCCCUUGUUUUGCUGCUUCUAUGGGCAAUGGUACUUUCCUCUAACAAUUCUGCAGCUUCCCUGGAAUCCCAAGCUGAAGCGGAAGCUCUACUCAAAUGGAAAGCUAGUCUAUUAGAAAGACAGGCGCUCAGUUCAUGGUCGUUACUCCCCAACGCCAAUGCUUCUACCACCCAAGAUAACUCUCCAUGCAACUGGACCGGAAUCUCAUGCAACCGUGCUGGAAGAGUAACAGGAAUAAGCCUAUAUCGUUCAGGUUUGAAAGGUAAGCUUGAUAACUUGAGCUUCUCCUCCUUCCCAAACCUGGCCCAUAUCGUUCUCGACCACAAUGCACUCUUUGGAAGCAUCCCAGCUCAAAUUGGCACUCUUUCUGAACUACUCACCCUUCAGCUUUCUUCGAAUCAGCUUUCUGGUUCAAUUCCUAAAGAGAUAGGGGAGUUGAAGAAGCUAACAAUGAUAGACUUGUCACAAAACAAUAUAACAGGUUCUAUCCCAUCCUCUUUAGGAAACUUGACCAAACUCUUUAACUUAUACAUAUCUAAUAAUCUGAUAUCUGGUUCAAUCCCUCAGCAACUAGGAAAUCUCAAAUUUCUGGUUCAGCUAGACGCAGCUGCUAACCUGCUGAAUGGUUCCCUUCCUGCCACUAUAGGAAACAUGACCAGAAUUAACUUCGUGUUCCUCUGCGGGAAUGAAAUUUCUGGCCCCAUACCAAGUGAAAUAGGCAACCUUAAAAUACUGACAACGUUUCAAGUGUGUGGAAACCUUCUAGCAGGUUCCAUUCCUUCUAAUCUAGGAAAUGUGACCAAACUCAAGAGCUUGCUACUCUAUGCAAAUCACUUCCAUGGCUCAAUUCCUCAACAGAUAGGAAAUCUCUACCACCUAACUGAUCUAAGGUUGUUUGAGAACAACCUCACUGGUCCAAUCCCUCCAUCUCUUGGAAAUCUGUCAAGCCUAACUGUACUUGCUCUCUUCGAUAAUCUGUUAUCUGAUUCAAUACCCACAGAAAUCUCAAAUCUAACACGUUUGAAGAUCCUAUCUUUGGAUGACAACUACUUCUCUGGUCACCUACCUCAAGUAUGCCAAAACAGAUCAUUAACGCACUUCACUGCCCAUAACAACCAUUUCACCGGUCCCAUCCCUGAAAGCCUGAGAAACUGCACCACCUUAAUAAGAGUCCGGCUGGAGCAUAAUCAGCUCACAGGAAAUAUAUCCCAAGUUUUCGGAGUAUAUCCUAGUUUAGAGUACAUCGAUCUGAGUUAUAAUAAAUUGCAUGGUGAGCUGUCACCAAAAUGGGGACAAUGUCAAAACCUGACGCUUCUAAAAAUCUCUGAGAACAAUCUCACUGGUAGAAUUCCGCCGCAGAUUGGGAAGCUAAGUCAGCUACAGGAACUCAACCUGUCUUCAAACAACCUACAAGGAAAGAUUCCUACUAGCCUGGGGAGUUUGUCCAUGCUUUACAAGUUGAGUUUACAAAAUAACCGACUAUCUGGUUCGGUACCUGGUGAAAUUGGAAAACUAUACAAUUUGGCAAUUCUUGACCUAUCAAAGAACAAGCUGGGUGGGCCGAUACCACAGCUACUGGGGGAAUGCUCCAAAUUGCAGUAUUUGAGCAUGAGUGAGAAUUAUUUGAAUGGAAGCAUUCCAUUUCAGAUUGGUAAUCUAAUACGCCUACAGAUUACCUUGGAUCUCAGCUGUAACUUACUUUCGGGAGAGAUAACCCAACAACUUGGGAAACUACAAAUGUUGGAAAAGCUAAAUCUCUCCCACAAUUCACUCUCAGGCUCCAUUCCGUCGUCGUUCAAAGAGAUGAUCAGUUUAUCUUCCAUCGACUUUUCAUACAAUGAUUUGGUGGGCCCUCUCCCUGACAGCAAAGCCUUCCGUCUGGCUCCGUCAUGGGCAUUCAUCGAGAACAAAGGUUUAUGCGGUGAAGCAAAAGGCGUGCAACCUUGUAAUUCCUCUUCAAUAAAGCCUCAGAAUGGGAAGAAAGACCACAAGGUUUUGAUCAUUAUUCCUAUAAUGUCAGCCUUAUUUCUUCUAGUUGUAUUUGCCACCAUUUUUUACAUGUUCCUACAAAGAUCCCGCAGAACAAGAAAUGCAGAGAAACAAGACUUAGAAGUGAAAAAUGGAAAUCUAUUUGCAAUAUGUAAUUUCGAUGGAAAGAUUGCAUAUGAAGAAAUCAUCAGGGCAACGGAGGAUUUCAAUAACAAAUAUUGCAUUGGGGCUGGAGGAUAUGGAAGGGUUUAUAAAGCAGAUCUACAGAUGGGUCAGGUUGUAGCUGUGAAAAAACUUGACUGGUCACUAGGUGACGAACAAGAUGAUCAAAGAAGCUUUGAAAAAGAAAUACAAGCAUUAACAGAAAUUCGACAUCGCAACAUCAUAAAGUUCUAUGGAUUUUGUUCGCAUGCUCGGUGUCCAUUUUUGGUGUACGAGUACAUGGAAAGGGGAAGCUUAGCUAGCAUCCUCAGCGGCAAUAAAGAAGGAGCUGUAGAAUUGGAUUGGGUGAAGAGGACGAAAGUUAUCAGAGGAGUAGCCGAUGCUUUAUCAUACAUGCACCAUGAUCGCACUCCUCCUAUAAUUCAUCGGGACUUAUCAAGUAAAAACAUUUUGUUGGAUUUAGAAUUUGAGGCCUGUGUCUCUGACUUUGGCACCGCAAGACUCAUAAAGCCAGAUUCAUCUAAUUGGUCCACACUCGCAGGCACUUAUGGAUACAUAGCUCCAGAGUUUGCUUACACAAUGAGAGUUACCGAGAAAUGCGACGUAUAUAGCUUUGGUGUUGUAGCACUUGAAGUGAUAAUGGGAAGGCAUCCUGGAGAUCUCCUCUCAUCGUUGGCAACGUCUGGUGGCCAAGAUAUACUGCUGAUGAAUGUAUUGGACCAACGCCUUCCUCCUCCCACGCUUGAAAACAUGAAGGGUUUG